AUGGGGGUGAAGAAAGGGCCAAUUAUGGGGGUGAAGAAAGGGCCAAUUAUGGAGAAGAAAUGGGCCAUGGGGGUAGAAGAAAGGGCCAAUUAUGGAGGUGAAGAAAGGGCCAAUUAUGGAGGUGAAGAAAGGGCCAAUUAUGGGGGUGAAGAAAGGGCCAAUUAUGGAGGUGAAGAAAGGGCCAAUUAUGGAGGUGAAGAAAGGGCCAAUUAUGGGGGUGAAGAAAGGGCCAAUUAUGGGGGUGAAGAAAGGGCCAAUUAUGGAGGUGAAGAAAGGGCCAAUUAUGGAGGUGAAGAAAGGGCCAAUUAUGGAGGUGAAGAAAGGGCCAAUUGUGAAGAAAGGGCCAAUUAUGGGGGUGAAGAAAGGGCCAAUUAUGGGGGUGAAGAAAUGGCCAAUUAUGGGGGUGAAAGAAAGGGCCCAAUUAGGGGAGUGAAGGAAAAGGAAAUGGGCCAAUUAUGGGGGAAGAAAGGACCAAGGGCCAACCAAUUAUGGAGGGUGAAGAAAAGGGCAAUUAGGGGGUGA